AUGAACCGCUUGUCCCAUCUCGUUUCGGACUUCUCUCGGGUGGCCCUUCUCGCCGCGCUCUCACUAUCGUUAUGCCUACUUUAUCUGUCAAUCAAAGUCAGUCACCGCAUCUUCAGCUCAUAUCAGCGUCUAAUCAACAGCGUUGCAGAUCAUCGGUCGUUUACUCUUCAGUCCACUUCGACAUGUCCCCGGACCAUCCUCUACCAAGCUCACUGGAGCGACAGUUUGGUUGAGUACCAUACAAGGCCGUCGCGUUUACUCCGAAUACAGAAGCUAGAGGAGUUACAUAAGAAGUACGGUCCUGUGGUACGAGUUGGUCCGAAUGAGGUAUCAAUCAGUGACUGGCGACACUUGCGCACCAUCUACCUAAACACCAAGGGAAUGAUCAAAAGCCCAGACUUCUACGAAGCUGCUACCUUUGUGGGUAAAGACAAUAUUUUCCAAAUGAUAAACGUCCAACAACAUGCUGCGCGAAGAAAGAUGAGUAGUCCCCCAUACUCACUGCAGUCUGUUGCGCUGCUAGACCCCUUGAUCAAAGGAAAUGCCCAACGUCUUGCCCGACGGCUCAAAAGCGGUACAUCAUCUCCUGUCGAUGCCUAUAGCAUGUGCGGUCUCUUCAGCCUCGAGGUAAUCUGCCAAGCUGGCUUCGCAAAAGACUUUUCCAACGACACCAAUGGCGCAGCUGCUCUCAAGCUCCUCCAAGCAAUGGAUGGAAGCGCACUCACCCUGUUAUUUGACGGCGCUCUUCCUCUCGUAGCCAGAUUUGGCAUUGGUAGCAAAUUGCCCGGCGUGAUUGGCGACUCAUAUCGUAAACAUGAGUACUGGCGGGAGAAGUCUUAUGAGAUGGUGGAUCAUUUUCUUGAGAAAAGUGCCGAUGAUGAGAAGUAUCUGCUUACGCCGCUGGCUACUGGAAUUGAUGGAUACCUGGGGCGCAAACUUACUCAUGAGGAGCUUGUUGAGGAAGCUAUGGGUUACAUGUUUGCUGGCUCAGGUACAACAUCAUCGACAUUGACAUAUCUGCUGUACGAGCUCUCAAAGCCGGAGAACGCCGCUAUCCAGGAGCAAUUGCGCGCAGAAGUGCUGGCAAUACCUGGCGAUGAUAUUGUGGCCAUCAGAAACAACGCGUACAUCAACGCAGUCAUCAAGGAAACCUUCCGCGCUCAUCCAACAAUCAUCUCGACCAUCCCCCGACUACUCACCGAGCCCUUGACUCUCGGUCAGUACACUCUACCAUCUGGCACAGUCAUCGGAAUGCAGAAUUGGCUCCACCACCACGAUGCCUCCGUCUUCCCGGAGCCAGAGAAAUUCAUCCCUGACCGAUGGCUUAACGAAACUUCCGAGAUGAAAUCCGCUCUUACACCGUUUAGUCUUGGUAAGAGAAAUUGUAUCGGGCAGAAUCUAGCGUGGCAAGAGCUUUAUUGGGCUGUAAGCGAGGUCAUGCGCUCCGGUUCAAGGUUUAGAGUUGCGGAUGAAAUGAAAGAUUGGGAGAUGGAGAUGGAGGAUCGGUUCAACAUCGCCCCGCGGGGGCGAAGGCUCAUGCUUACUGUUUCCCCAGUCGAUUAG